UCCCGUCGUCGGCGGUAUGGCGGACGAAGGCGCCGUCACUGUCUGCGUUCGAGUGCGGCCUCUCAUCAGCAGAGAACAAGACCUUGGUGAUGCUGCACAACUUCACUGGAAGACUGAAGACAGACUGAUUUCUCAGAUUGAUGGAACAAGAUCCUUUAGUUUUGAUCGUGUGUUUCAUUCCAAUGAAACUACGGAAAAGGUAUAUGAAGAAAUGGCAGUACCAAUUAUACGUUCUGCCAUACAGGGCUAUAAUGGUACCAUAUUUGCCUAUGGACAGACUGCUUCAGGAAAAACCUAUACAAUGAUGGGUUCCGCAGAUGGUUUGGGUGUAAUACCCAAAGCAAUUAAUGAUAUUUUCAUAAAGAUUAAGGAGAUUCCUGAAAGGGAAUUUCUUUUACGUGUAUCUUACAUGGAAAUUUAUAAUGAAACCAUAACAGAUUUACUCUGUGACACCAGGAAAAUGAAACCUUUAGAAAUUCGGGAAGAUUUCAACAGAAAUGUGUAUGUAGCUGAUCUCACAGAAGAGGUGGUCUCCACCCCAGAGCUGGCUCUGCAGUGGAUCAAGAAAGGAGAGAGAAGCAGGCACUAUGGAAAAACAAAAAUGAAUCAGAGAAGUAGUCGUUCCCAUACAAUUUUCAGAAUGAUAUUGGAAAGUAGAGAAAAGGGAGACCCUUCUAACUGUGAUGGAGCUGUCAUGGUGUCUCAUUUGAAUCUGGUUGAUCUUGCAGGCAGUGAAAGAGCCAGUCAGACAGGAUCCGAAGGAGUUCGACUCAAAGAAGGCUGCAAUAUUAAUAGGAGCUUGUUUAUAUUGGGGCAAGUGAUCAAGAAGCUUAGUGAUGGACAAGCUGGAGGUUUCAUAAACUAUCGAGAUAGCAAAUUGACUCGAAUUCUCCAGAAUUCUUUGGGAGGAAAUGCAAAAACACUUAUUAUCUGCACUAUCACUCCAGUGUCUUUUGAUGAAACACUUAGUACUCUCCAAUUUGCCAGCACUGCUAAAUAUAUGAAAAAUACACCUCAUGUUAAUGAGGUAUUGGAUGAUGAGGCUCUCUUGAAAAGAUAUCGGAAGGAAAUAAUAGAUUUGAAAAAACAACUAGAGGAGGUUUCUUCAGAGACUCGUGUCCAAGCAAUGGAGAAAGAUCAGUUAGCUCAACUUUUGGAGGAGAAAGACUUGCUUCAAAAAGUUCAAAAUGACAAAAUUCAUAAUUUAACACAAAUGUUGGUGACCUCCUCUUCUGUCACAUUACAGCAAGAUCUGAAGGCCAAAAGAAAACGAAGAGUUACUUGGUGCCCUGGCAAAACUAACAAAAUGAAAGACAUUGGCUAUAUGGAUGACUUUGAUACAACAAAGACCAUUGUGGCCAAAUCAAUCAAGGCUCCUAUACCUUCCAUAGUAGAAACUGAUGAAUCUAUGUGCUCAGAGUUUGAUAUUUUCAGUAAUACUUUUGAAACAAUAUCUGAAACGGAGUGGAAUCCAGCAACAAAGCUGAAUCAGGAGACUGUGCAGAAUGAGUUGAAUUCACUGCGUGCUAACUUCGAUAAUCUGGUAUUAGAUUAUGAACAACUACAAAGAAAAAAGACCGAAAUGGAAUUGAAAUUAAAUGAAAAGCUUGAGUUAGAUGAAUUUGUGACUCUGGAAGUGCAAACUAUAAAGGAACAGGAGAAUGAACUAAAUUUAAAAUCCCAGCUGCUCAAAGAAAAGGAAGAACAAAUCAUGGAGCUACAGAAACUUUUAGAAUUACGGAGGGUAGAAAAUAUGAAAAUGGACUUCUCUACUUCAGUGGAAAAUCAUGAGAAGUUAUAUGAAGAACUGAAGCAUUUAAAGCAAUCUCUCCAUGAUACUGAGACCAUAGCCCUGGAUGCCAAGAAAGAAGCAGCAUUUCUUAGAAGUGAGAAUCAGGAUCUGAAAGAAAAAAUGGAGGAACUUUCAAGUAGGUGCAAGCAGCUGGAAAAGGAAAAUCAUCAGUAUCAAAGUCAGCUGGAAGAGAGAAAAGACACUUUCAAAAGGAGGCAGGCUGAUCUAGAGAGAGAGUUACAAUCUGCUUUUAAUGAAAUAACCAAACUGACUUCCAUUAUUGAUGGCAAAUAUCCAAAAGGUUUUCUCCUUGCCGUGGAAUUGGAAAGAAAAGUUAAAGAUCUCCAAAAAGACUUGGAUAAAGAGAUUGAAGAAAAUGCAGCUUUGCAAAAAGAAAUUAACAUACUGUCUGAAUUGAAAUCUUUACCUACUGAGCUAGAAAUUCUGAGGAAAGAGAGAGUUGAAAAAUCUGAAGAGCUGGAUUUGAUAAUGGCAGAAAAGGAUAAACUUCUUACCGAAGUAGUUUAUAAAGACAAUAGGCUUCAAGAACUACUUGAUGAAAUUGAGAAAACCAAAGAAGAGCUAGUGGCUUCCCAGUCAAACCAUGAAACCACCACUCAGGAAUACCAGGAUUUCAAACGAUACAAUGGAGAGUUGGAACAGAAUUAUUUUACUAUGCUUGAAGAGAUGGAGAAAAUGAAACAGCAGAUUAUAACUAUAUCAGAAGAAGCUCAUGAAGUUGUUUUAGAUUUGGAUGAUUUGGUUAGUGAACCGAGCAUCAAGCUUCCUCAAAAAGUCCAUCGAAAAACCCUUGAACAAGAAAAACUUCUCGAAGUGAGAGAACUUUGUAGGGCUCAGCAGAAGUUGGAAGAGCAGCUCAAUAGUGGGGAUUCUGGGCUGAGGACCGUAGAAAUGGAGAAGUUGUUACUUACAGCGAAACCUCAUGAGAGUCUUGAAGGAAGACCUGGUACAUAUGAAAAAGAUGCUCUAGAACAACCUCAAGAGACCUUAGAGAGAGAGAAAGACCAGCUCAGGAAAGAUUCUCAGGAUGACACGAACUUGGCUGUCAAGCUAAAUGAAGGGCAACAUUUGGAAGCCCCAAGAAGUCUCAUGUCUCUAACACACUAUGAAAAGGACAAUGAAUUACUUCAACAACAAAGACACAUUUCUUCCUUAAUACAGGAAAAUAAUCAACUGCAGCAAAUGUUGGAGUGUGUUACAGCUGAAAGGAACCAAUUGAAAACUGAUCUGGAGGAAAAUAUCGAAAUGACUAUUGAAAAUCAAGAGGAAUUAAGAAAUAUUGGAGCAGCACUUAAACAACAACGAGAGGCAGUCAUCAAAGAAAGGAGGAAAGCUGCAGAGAAAGAAGGAGAAUGUUUGCUGACUCAGGAGAGAUUGGCAGACACGGAGGAGAAACUCAAUGAAAAGAUCCAAGAACUUCAAGAAAAAGAGGAGCAAAUAUUAAAUGUUAGAAAAGAAGUCAUUGAGGCUCAGGAGAAGAUGAAGGAGAUGGAGCAAUUAAAGGACCAAUUAAAAUCCACAAAUUCCACGCUGGAAAGGGUAGAAAUGGAGAACCUGGAGCUGGCUCAAAAACUCCAAGUGAGUCUGGAAGAAACAACAUCAGUAACCAAAGAAAUAAAUGAAUUGAAGAAGACACAGGUAGCUCUCCAAUUAGAGAAAGACCAACUGGAAGAAAAUAUCAGAGAAGUUGUAACUAAGGGUCUAGAAACACAAGAAGAACUAAAAAUUGCUCAGAUGCAUCUCAAGGAACACCAAGAAACAAUUGAUAAAUUGAAAGAAUGCAUUUCAGAGCAAGCAGCUCAAGGAUUGAAUGAUCAAGAAGAUUUAGAGAAAACAAAUGCUGAACUGCAGGAAAAGAUUCAAGAACUUCAGGCAAAACAAGACCAAAUUUUAAAUGUCAGAGAGGAAGUCAAUGAAGCUCAAGAAAAAAUGAAGGAAAUGGAAUCAAUAAAAGAGCAAUUAAAGUCCAAAGAGUCUGCCCUGAAGAGGGUAGAGAUGGAAAACCUGGAGCUGGCUCAGAAACUCCAGGCAAGUGUAGAAGAAACAACAUCUGUAACUGAGGAGAGAGAUGAGUUGACAAAGACACUGCUGGCUGUUCAAGAGGAGAGCCAUCAACUGAAAGAAAACAUUAGAGAACUUGAAGCUAAGGGUCUGGACACACAAGAAGAGCUGAAAAUUGCUCAGAUAAGUCUGAAGGAGCACCAAGAGAUGAUUGAUAAACUAAAAGAAUGUGUUUCAGAGAAGACAGCUCAAGUGUCAGAGGCUCAGGAAGCUUUAGAGAAAACUAAUAUUGAAUUGCAGAAAAGGAUUCAAGAGCUUCAGGGGCAAAAAGAGCAAGUUUUUAAUGUCAGAGAAGAAAUCACUGAGGCUCAGGAAAAAGUGAAUGAGGUGGAACAGUUGAAGGAGCAAUUGAAAUUCAAAGAUUCUACCCUGGAGAGGAUAGAGAUGGAAAACCUGGAGCUGGCUCAGAAACUCCAGGCCAGUCUAGAAGAAACAACAUCUGUAACUGAGGAGAGAGAUGAAUUGGCAAAGACACAAGAGGCUCUUCACAUAGAGAGGGACCAGCUGAAAGAAACCAUAAGGGACCUCAUAGCCAAGGAUCUGGAAACACAAGAAAAACUAAAAGUUGCUCAGAUAGAUCUGAAGGAACACCAAGACAUAAUGUAUAAAUUGAAAGAAUGCAUUUCAGAGAAAGAAGCUAUAGAGAAAACUAGUGCUGAACUGCAAGAAAAGAUUCAAGAACUUGAGGCAAAACAAGAGCAAUUUUUUAAUGUUAGAGAGGAAGUCAGUGAAGCUCAAGAAAAAAUGAAGGAAAUGGAGCAUUUGAAGGAACAAUUGAAGUCCAAAGAUUCUACCCUGGAGAGGAUAGAGAUGGAAAACCUGGAGCUGGCUCAGAAACUCCAGGCCAGUCUAGAAGAAACAACAUCUGUAACUAAGGAGAGAGAUGAGUUGGCAAAGACACAAGAGGCUCUUCACAUAGAGAGGGACCAGCUGAAAGAAACCAUAAGGGACCUCAUAGCUAAGGAUCUGGAAAUACAAGAAAAACUAAAAGUUGCUCAGAUGCAUCUGAAGGAGCACCAAGAGAUAAUUGAUAAACUAAAAGAAUGUAUUUCAGAGAAGGCAGCACAAGUGUCAGAGGCUCAGGAAGCUUUCAAGAAAAUUAAUGCUGAACUGCAGAAAAGGAUUCAAGAGCUUCAGGAGCAAAAGGAGCAAGUUUGUAAUAUCAGAAAAGAAGUCACUGAGGCCCAGGUAAAAGUGAAUGAGGUGGAACAGUUGAAGGAGCAAUUAAAGUCAAAAGAUUCUACCCUGGAGAAGAUAGAGAUGGAAAACCUGGAGCUGGCUCAGAAACUCCAGGCCAGUCUAGAAGAAACAAAAUCUGUAACUAAGGAGAGAGAUGAAUUGACAAAGACACAAGAGGCUCUUCACAUAGAGAGGGACCAGCUGAAAGAAACCAUAAGGGACCUCAUAGCUAAGGAUCUGGAAACACAAGAAAAACUAAAAGUUGCUCAGAUGGAUCUGAAGGAACACCAAGACACAAUGGAUAAAUUGAAAGAAUGCAUUUCAGAGAAAGAAGCUAUAGAGAAAACUAGUGCUGAACUGCAAGAAAAGAUUCAAGAACUUGAGGCAAAACAAGAGCAAUUUUUUAAUGUUAGAGAGGAAGUCAGUGAAGCUCAAGAAAAAAUGAAGGAAAUGGAGCAUUUGAAGGAACAAUUGAAGUCCAAAGAUUCUACCCUGGAGAGGAUAGAGAUGGAAAACCUGGAGCUGGCUCAGAAACUCCAGGCCAGUCUAGAAGAAACAACAUCUGUAACUGAGGAGAGAGAUGAAUUGGCAAAGACACAAGAGGCUCUUCACAUAGAGAGGGACCAGCUGAAAGAAACCAUAAGGGACCUCAUAGCCAAGGACCAAGAAACACAAGAAGAACUAAAAUUUGCUGAGAUGUGUCUGAAGGAGCACCAAGAGACGAUUCAUAAACUCAAAGAAUGCAUUUCAGAGAAGACAACUCAAGUGUCAAAGAGUCAAGAAGCUUUAGAGAAAACCAAUGCAGGACUGCAGGAAAAGAUCCUAAAGCUUCAAGAAACAGAAGAGGUGCUUCUUAGUGUGAGAAAAGAGGUGAAUGAGACAAAACUACAAAGGCAGUCAUUGAGUCAGAUGGCGGAGCAGUUGAAGCACAUGACUCACACUUGUCCAUUAGAGACAGAGAAACUGGACUUGACUCAGAAACUUGAUUCAAGCCUUAGUAAAUUGAACACUGUCAUCAAGGAAAGAGAUGCCCUGAAGGAGACAGAGAAGGCUCUGCAGAUGGAAGUAAACCAUUUGAAAGAAAGCCUAAAGAAGAGCGGAACCCUGGACCAACAGAAGCCAGAAGAGCUGGUAAACAUUGAAGCAAACCCAAGAGAGGGCACCAGACACCAUCCUAUUGAAAAUCUUAAAGAAAAGUAUUCAAAGAUAAACGAACUUCUGAAGAAAUACACUAUGAUAGAAAAUCGUUGUGGGUUCUUGAACAGGCUUUCUCUUGACUUGAAAAGGUCAUUUGAAAGCCAAAAUCAACUCCAGGUCAAAGUUCAAGCAUGCCUUUCUCAUACUCCUCAGGAAACUAAAGCUGUUGGAAAACUUCUAGCUAGUAACAGAAGGUGUAAUAAUGAUCUCCACUCGAGUAGCACGUGCAUCCUGAAAAAACUGGAGGGUGUGUUAAAGCGUGUUAUAGACAUAAGGAGAGAACAUCACAACACCAUCUACAAAAUUGAAAUGGACUUAAUUGAGGAGGCAGAAAAGCAGAAUGAUUUGUCUAUUAAAAUACAGCAUCUUCAACAACACUCUGAGAUAGGAUCCCAGGAAUUAAGUGGCUACAAAAAACUGAGUCAAAAGAUGGGUCUACAUAUUGAGCAAAUUUUCAAGGAUGUUUCAGAGACUGAAAAUGACAUCAACAACAUGGUAGCAGAAUUCCAACAACUGUUAAAUGCUAAGAAAGAAAUUAUCUUGUCCCUGGAAAUGAGCUUAAGCACACAUCUUGAUGUGGAAAGCCUUAGAAUAAUACAGGAGGAGAAUGAUAGGAUUGUUCACGUGAAUAACUUGUAUCAUAAUAAAAUAAAGGCUAUUAUGAACAAAUCAUCAGAGUUUGAAGACAGAAGUGUUGUUGUAUGUAAAGAAUGGGAACUUGAACUGAGACAGAUGAAGGAUAAGAAUGAAGAAAUGGUAAAGAAGUUCCAAAACGUAAAGACUACCCUUCUGCCACUGGAUGACCCAGAUGCUCUUACUGUAGGAGAAAAUAAGAAACAUCAUCUUAAAUUGAGGCACACAAGACAGACCACGAAGGAAAUUCAAGAAACUGCAUUUCAUGAAGACAAAGAAAACAAGCAUAAACAAAAGGAAAUUGAUCCAGUGCAGAAAAACCUUGAAGUGGCUAAAGUUGUGAGUAACCAACACCUUCAGAGUCAACAGCCAGCAGUACACAGCUGUCAGGAUGUCAAAGCUGUGUCCAGCAAAGAAAUUGAUGAUCUCAAGAUGAAAUUGGUGAAAUUGAACAUGGAAAAAAUGAAUGAGUCCAAGAAGUUCGAAAAAGAAAUUGCUUCUAAAGCUGCCGUAAUAGAGCAUCAGGAAGAAAUGAUAAGUCAGCUGAAGGAACAUCUUAGAAGAGCCCAACAGAGCAAUGAUGUCUCAAUGUUAGAGCCACCUGGUCAUGCCCAAGCGUCCCACACACCAUUGACCUGUGGGGGUGGCAGUGGUAUAGUACAGAGCACAAAAGCACUGAUUCUAAAAGCGGAUCGUGUGAGGCUGGAGAGAGAGAUUAGCAAGUUAAAGCAACAGAAUGAGUAUCUGACAAAUCAUCAGAGUCAGCUAUCAAGCAACAAUUUCCAUCUUGCCAGAGAAGUCAAAAAAUGGAAAGAGAGAGCCCUUAAAAAGGAAGCCCAAGAGCUUACUCGUGUCCAUUCUCCAAAAUCUCCUAAACUGACAGAAAUUACAUCCCUAAAGAGGCAAUGUAUGUCACCUCUGUAUACAGAGCAGACUUCACAGGAAACUUUACCAAAGGAUUCACCAAAAUCUUGGGCGUAUGAUGGACGGUCAAAGUCUCUGCCAGUCGUUUGUCAUAAUAACUAUUUUGACAACUCUGGCCUAGGUCUACUCCCAGAAAUAGCUUUCAGUUCUACAAAUGAUUCUACAAAAGAGACUCCAAGAGAGGAGAAUACAGGCUCUUUAUUGGAUCAAUGGCAGACCUCUUCAGGAAAAGACGCACCGGAAUGCAGAACCCAGUAAUCUCACUUUUAUGCGUCAUGCACAUUCCGGUUUCUUCCAACACUUAGAUGUAGUUUUGCAUCGUCAUCCCGACCACUGCAAUCGUAGUUUGGUUAGACUUUAUUAUUAUUUCUCUCACUAUGCCACCGCUAUUACCGGAUAAAUGAAUAGGAACAAGGCGCUAGAUCAGAAUGGUAUCAAAAUGCUUACUUCAUUUUUAAAUGUUGGAAUACUUUUAAAAUAGAUUUUAUUUAAAAGGAGCUUCUGUGGAAUACAAAUUAUGGAAGGAAUUCCUCAGGCUGAGCAAUUGAAGCAUUAGCAGCUACUCAGUAAAUACUGAUCAACAAAUGAUCCCUCCUACUGCAUUGUCCAGUAUCCACAAAAAUUCAUUUCUAAAAAUGGAUUUAAAGGAGCAGAGUCGUUGUCCCUGCGAUAUGUCUGAAAAAAUCACACUACCUUCCUGCAGAAUAAAAGCUUAUCCAUAGCAAUUUUGUUGAGUUGUUUGAUUUUGCUAGGAAGGGGAGAGGUUGAGAAUAUGAUGCAUUACCAAAGCUGAACAAUUUUAAAGGACUGUUUAAAGUAUGUAUCAGAAUACAAGAGUUCUCUUUUUUUAUUCAUUUUGAACUUAAAUACAGAAAAACAAACAAAAAAAGAACA